GGGGAGAGGGAAGAGGUAAGGGUUAAGGAGUUUGAAGGAAUGGGAGAAGAGAGAGAGAGAGAGAGAGAGAGAGAGAGAGAGAGAGAGAGAGAGAGAGUGAAGUCUCACGUCCUGAUCGACCUUGAUCCUUGCCUCUCCCUAACCGACCCUACCCGAGAGUUCCCGUGCCCCCCCUUGCGGCCCCUACGACCCUCGAGUGGAUGAGGGAGGUGACAAGUGAGGAAGGGUUGAGGUGCUCGGCUAUGGUGGAUGGAUGUAGGUGAUGGAGGUGGAAGAAGGGUUGGGGGUGGUCGGCUAUGGUGGACGGGUGUGGGUGAGGGACGAGGAAGAAGGGUUGGAGGUGGUCGACUACGAUGGACGGGUGUGGGUGAUGGAGGAGGAAGUGGGGUUGGAGGUGGUCGGUUAUGGUGGACGGGUGUGGGUGAUGGAGGAGGAAGAAGGGUUGGAGGUGGUCGGCUAUGGUGGACGGGUGUGGGUGAUGGAGGAGGGAAAAGGGUUGGAGGUGGUCGGCUAUGGUGGACGGGUGUGGGUGAUGGAGGAGGAGGAAGGGUCGGAGGUGGUCGGCUAUGGUGGACGGGUGUGGGUGAUGGAGGAGGAAGAAGGGUUGGAGGUGGUCGGCUAUGGUGGGCGGGCGUGGGUGAUGGAGGAAGAAGAAGGGUUGGAGGUGGUUGGCUAUGGUGGACGGGAGGAAGAAGGGUUGGAGGUGGUCAGCUAUGGUGGACGGGUGUGGGCGAUGGAGGAGAAGGAAGGGUUGGAUGCGGCCGGCUAUCGUGGACGGGUGUGGGUGAUGAAGGAAGAAGAAGGGUUGGAGGUGGUUGGCUAUGGUGGCAGGGAAUGGGUGAUGGAGGAAGAAGAAGGGUUGGGGGUGGUUGGCUAUGGUGAACGGGUGUGGGUAACAGAGGAGGAAGGAGGGUUGGGGGUGGUUGGCUAUGGUGGACGGGUGUGGGUGAUGGAGGGGGAAGAAGGGUUGGAGCUGGUUGGCUAUGGUGGACGGGUGUGGGGGAUGGAGGAAGAAGGGUUGGGGGUGGUUGGCUAUGGUGGACGGGUGUGGGUGAUGGAGGAGGAAGAAGGGUUNCUAUGGUGGACGGGUGUGGGGGAUGGAGGAAGAAGGGUUGGGGGUGGUUGGCUAUGGUGGACGGGUGUGGGUGAUGGAGGAGGAAGAAGGGUUGGAGGUGGUUGGCUAUGGUGGACGGGUGUGGAGGAUGGAGGAAGAAGAAGGGUUGGGGGUGGUUGGCUAUGGUGGACGGGUGUGGGUGAUGGAGGAGGAAGGAGGGUUGGGGGUGGUCGGCUAUGGUGGACGGGUGUGGGUGAUGGAGGAGGAAGAAGGGUUGGAGGUGGUUGGCUAUGGUGGACGGGUGUGGGGGAUGCAGGAAGAAGAAGGGUUGGGGGUGGUUGGCUAUGGUGGACGAUUGUGGGUGACGGAGGAGGAAGGAGGGUUGGCGGCGGUCGGCUAUGGUGGACGGGUGUGAGUGAUGGAGGAGGGAGAAGUGUUGGGGUGGUGCGGCUAUGGGGGAUGGACGUGAAAGAAGGCCCGUUGGACGUAUCCUAACUCCUAGCCCCGUGCCUCUGUUUCCUACUUCGGGUGCCUAGCUGCCCCAUAUCACUU